UACUCUACAUGGAAACAAAAAACUCUGUACCGUAUUUAAAAUAAAAUGAUUCGAUUCCAAAAUAUUAAUACAAAAAGUCCGUUUGGCAUUGGAAUUUAUUCGGCAAAAAAAAGGUUGUCUGUCGCCUGUGGGUGGUAGUGUGAGAAUAUUAUAACAUAUGUAAUAAUUUAUUUGUGGUAGUAAGGUAAACAUUGAUUGUGUGAAUCAAACACACUCUUCUCUUCAACGAAUUUUUGAACCCAAUCGCUAUAUUUGUACCUCCUGAAGUAUGCGCACCAAGAUGGCGCACAUCCUGAACUCAGGUUGAGGUUCAGGUUAUGCGACAUCUUGGUGCGCAUACUUCAGGAGUACCCUUAAUUGCCACCCACUAAGUUCUGGAAUUUAACAUUAAUAUAUCAGUAUACUAUACGGACAGUAUUACUGUACAGCGGACUGGAAAAUACAAUGAAUGACAUUGAAAUUAUGAGUUCACCACAACCUGGAUCUAUACCAAUCUCUUCUACUUCCAAAUCUAUCGUGCAUGAAAUCAGACCAGUUGGCGGUGCUUUGAAAGUUGGUCUAUGUAAUAUUCGUUAUCUUCCGAAGUCUGUUUCUGAAAGUCAGAAUAUAAAGUUAACAUUGAGUAUCAACAAUGGCAAUUUACCUGAGCAUCAUGUACAAGCUAGUGUCACGCUCACAUGUGAACCAGCUGUGUUAUUCCGGAAAGCUAUUCAUAUCCAACUUCCAACAUGGUUAGUAACUGAUAAAUCAGUUGAUGUUUCAAUUUAUACCAAACAAUCUGAAUCUGACUGGAUUGAACUGGAUUCUGCAGCAGUGACUGAUGAAAGAAUAUUUGAUAUUCAGUUGAAGGAACUCAGCAAUAUCACAGCUUUCUUGCAUAAAAGAAGUUUGCCAAAUGUAAAUUUCAUGUUGAAACCGUACCUAUUUAGCAAGGAUGUUAGUUCUUUUAAAGUUGCACUUGGAUUCAGCGAUCAGAUUUCAGAGAGCUGUCUGAACGCCGACAUGAAGAUUGGAGGAUGUAGCAUUGCACUUCAUAAGAUGAAAGAAAUCAUUGCAUCUCUUGGUGAUGAAAUUCACUACAAACUUACUUCUGAUGAUAAGGUUGAAAACCAACCAAGUUGUGAAGGUCAAAUAAAGAUAACUGAAAGAUUUCUUGAAACUGUCAGAGGGCAUUCUAAUGCUCAUGAUCUCCAAAGUGUUCCAUCACAUCCAUUAUUCAUGAUAAAACAAGUUAGAGAAAUGAAUGGAACAGUGGAAAUUAUAUCAGAAGAAUCCUCUGUUGUUGCAAUACAUCCACAUAAAGGUCCAAGCUGCCAGACAAAUGUUGAAUUCUUCGGAUCAGUUCAAGCAGAAAAUGUAAUUACUGAUGCAGGGGAUGUAAAAAUUGAUCAGAGAGUACUCCUUGAUGGUGCACAACCUGAAAUGUGUCGUGAGAAAAAUAAUUUUAGAUAUGAAAAAGUACGAAGGAUGACAUCAAAUCUAACACAGCCAUCUCAACCUGGAUUAUCACUGAUGUCAGAAAGACCAAACAAAGUUUCCAACAUAAGAUUUCUUGGUAAUGUCAAAGUAAAAAAUCUUAUUGGGAAUGCUGGAAAUGUAACUAUUGAUCAGCGAAGGAUGUGCAAGACAGAACCUGCCACAACAAGUAAUGCCAUUCAACCUGAGAAUGAUUUACAUGGCCCAGUGCAGGUAGCUGGACAGCCUUUGGAUGACUCAGACGAUGAUGAAACAGAAAUAUCCGACAAAUCUCAGAGUCAAACUGAUGUUGAAAUGGAAGAAAAAAAUGCACAGGAAUCUGCUAUAGGAAGUGAUAGAACAUUCACUUCUACAACAUGAUGUUGAAAGCUUCAAGUUUUCUACUUUAAACAUUUGUAUAGAUUUUUAUUAUUCCUUGGUAAAUUUCCUCUCUGGUAAGUACUCAAACUGAUGUUGGGUCAUUAAACUCAUUGUGCUGCUAACCUUUACUGGAUUUCUUCAAUCAGGCAUAAAUCUUAGAUAAAUUUUGAAGUCAAUAACUUUUCUGUUUAAUUGUUUAAAAUCUACAAAUGAAAUUCUUAUUUCCUAACUCUUUGAGAUAUUGUCCUAAUCAUGUCAAUUUUUUUUUAGUACCAAUUUUGAAUUCUAUAUCUAUAUUUUCUUCAAAUUUUAUCGACCUUUUUUCAAAUGUUGGAAGGUUUAUUUAUUAUAAUUGAUAUGAAAUUUGAACUUAGACUUUCUGUUUCAUCGUUUAUGAUAAAUAUACUUGGUCGUGGUAGCUUUUUGACAUGUGACUAUACUAAAAUGUUCUGAAUCGGUCAUUAUGAAAUUGUGUAAUAUGUAUAGCCGAUUCCACCCUUGCCUGUAUAUGAACAAAUCUCAGAAACGACAAUCUGGCCAUCAGUGAACCAUCAUUAUCACCAGCAAUCAUUGGUUGUCAUUUGAUCGCCACCUCCAUAUAUAAUAUAUAUGAGCAUUCCUCAACCAAGUAAUUUAAUUACAAUUAAAAGAGUCAUUGCCAGUGUUCCCAAAUUUGAUAACGUGACACUGUAUAUAUGUUAUUUGAACGUAUUUUUGGAUCAAACUCAAUCUAUAAUUUCUAUAUUAUGAUAUCUAUAAAUGAGAAAUGACUGAGAUUUUAAAGGACUUUAUCUUGACUAUGAACAAAUCUAGGGAACAAAAUUUUAUUUCAUUCGCAACAAAUUUUCUCUUACGGGCUUUUUAUACAAGUAUCGGAUCCUUUAUACUGCGCAUGGAACGAUAGAACAUAGGUUUCAAGAUUGAUGGAUUUUCAACUGUUUUUUUGUUUGCCUUUAGCAAAUGAACUCUCUCGUAUUUGUCGGUCAUGUGUUCGAGUUUUAUAUUAUAUCCAAUAUUCC